GUUUUAUUCAGAAAACAGAACAAAAGUAGGUAGUACAUCUUCUGAAUUAGUUUUAACCUUUGAUUGCAUUAUGCAACAUAUUGCAAACCACUCUGCAACCGUUAAAUAUCUUGACUUUAGUCAAACUCAAAUUGACGAUAAGGCGUGUGUUUCCUUGUCGAAGAUAGGAGAUCUCAAACUCUAUAGCCUUUUAUUACGUAGCUGUGAAGUUGGCAGUACUGGAAUCAACAGCUUGUGUGCAACCCAAUCAACUUUGACCGAGUUAGAUAUUAGUUGUUGUCCUCGUAUUACCGACACUUCUUUGAGUAGCAUUUGCAGCUUAUUACCUAAUCUGCAAAAACUAUCACUUCGAAAUUGUCAUGCAGUGACGGACACUGGGUUGUCUUGCAUAAGCCAGUUAUCUGGACUUAAGGAGAUAAAUCUCCAGGGACUUCGAAACAUAACCUCAUUCGGUAUUGAGAAAGGACUGUUUCAUAAACGAAAUGAAGUACUUCGGAAAAUUAACCUGAGCAUGACCAGAAUUACGGAAGUGGCACUGCUUCAUUUGGCAGAGAAUUCUCCUUUCUUAGCCCACUUGGAUCUCACCUCUUGUACUGAAGCCGUUUCGGACUCCAGUCUUCCGGUCGUUUGUAAAUUGCUCUUAAAACUGCGCGAUCUUCGACUGGAUUGGUGCGUCUCCAUCACAGACGACGGUUUCCGAGAGGCAAAAGUGUCUACACUUUUGAUUCCUGCAGUUUGCGAUGGACAACAAAAUGAAUGGACGCCCCAAAAGUCUUCUUAUAGUGUAUCCAAUUUGAGAGGCCUCGUUUAUCUUUCGAUCAGUGGAUGCAACAAAAUCACAGAUCAAAGCUUACAAGAAGCUUUCCGUUUCCGUGAGCUGCGCUACCUGGAUUUAAAUGCAUGUUCGUUGGUAACGGAUACCGGACUUGUCGCUCUGUGCGAACACCACCGUGGACUUGAAACUUUAAUUUUGAAUUAUUGCAAAAUUACAGAUUGUGCGAUGAUAACAGCAAUUAGUUAUCUAGCCAGAAUAAUCAAAUUAAGUUUGCAUGGGUGUUCGAAUAUUACCAAGUUGACUCUUCAAGCUAUCGAAAAAUUCAAACUACGAUAUUUAAGUCAUUUGGAUAUAAGUCAUUGUGUUUUCAUCUCACUGGAAUAUGCAUUUCAGUUUCAACUAAGAACUUCCCUUCGAGAAUUGGACACUGUCGGCCUUGAAUAAUUAAUAAUUUAG